AUGAUGGAGCGCUACACGCUUCCCGCACCACCCAGUGAAGAGGACGCGCCACCACCGUCGUGGGCCAGGCUCAAUUCACAAGAAGAGGACAUCGCCAUUGCCUUGGGUGCCCCUCUUCCCUUUAAAUCCAUGCUUCAACAACAAUCUCAAACACAACAACAACAACAACAGCAACAUCUUGACUCUUACUUCAACUUCAAUAUUAACUCUGCUAUUUCCCUUCCCUUUGUUCCAAAUAUGGAUUCUUUCCCCCCUCUAGACCCCUUUGCUCCUUCACUUUCAUCACUUCCUUCCUUCAACAACAACAGCAGCAUGCCCUUUGACCCGGGCUUUGAGUUGGGCCUGGACGCUGGGCUUCACUCUUCAUGCCCCCCUCUCUUUUCCCAGGUGCAGACGGGUUUCGAGUUCGGAGAACUCGAAGCUCUAACUGGACCUGGGAAUGCUCCGUUUUUGGACGGAGCAAAGAUUGUGAGCCCUGUUGAGGGGGUGCAGCCGACUCUUUACAGGAAGAGGAGGGGAACGGCGGAAAUUCCGGGACUGGAGACGGUGAGAAGGAAGGGGAGGAAGUGGGAGGAGGGUGAGGGUGAGGGUGAGGAAGGGAGCAGUGCUGACAUGGAUGGUUCCGGGUUGAAUUACGAGUCUGAUGAGAAUGAUAAUGGGAAUAAUGCUUUGAAGGGAACUGAGAAUGGUGGAGAUCACAAGGGGAAGAGGAAGGGGCUGCCUGCUAAAAAUCUCAUGGCGGAGAGGCGCCGCAGGAAGAAGCUCAAUGAUAGGUUGUACAUGCUCAGGUCUGUUGUGCCCAAGAUUAGCAAGAUGGAUAGGGCUUCAAUUCUUGGGGAUGCAAUUGACUACUUGAAGGAGUUAUUGCAGCGGAUUAAUGAUCUCCAUAACGAGCUGGAGACAACACCGCUGCCACCAUCUACUUCUACAAGCUUUCAGCCUCUAACACCUACCCUGCCAACCCUUCCCUGCCGGGUCAAGGAGGAACUGUAUCCUGGCACCUUGCCUAGCCCCAAAAACCAAGCUGCAAAGGUUGAAGUUCGAGUAAGAGAAGGGAGAGCUUUCAAUAUUCACAUGUUUUGCACCCGCCGACCAGGCCUUUUGCUUUCUACCAUGAGGGCUUUGGAUAACCUUGGAUUGGAUGUACAGCAGGCUGUUAUUAGCUGUUUUAACGGCUUUGCUUUAGAUGUGUUUAAAGCUGAGCAAUGCAGAGAAGGCCAGGAUGUCCUUCCUGAGCAAAUUAAAGCAGUUCUCUUGGAUUCAGCAGGCUUCCAAGGUAUGAUGUGA